AUGAGCAGUCCCGAAAUAUCUACAGUCAACGUUCCCAAGACCCGCAAGACGUACUGCAAGGGCAAGGAGUGCCACAAGCACACCCAGCACAAGGUCACCCAGUACAAGGCUGGAAAGGCCUCUCUGUUCGCCCAGGGUAAGCGCCGUUACGACCGAAAGCAGAGCGGUUAUGGUGGUCAGACCAAGCCCGUCUUCCACAAGAAGGCCAAGACCACCAAGAAGGUCGUCCUUCGUCUCGAGUGCACUGCGUGCAAGACCAAGAAGCAGCUCUCUCUGAAGCGUUGCAAGCACUUCGAGCUUGGUGGUGACAAGAAGACCAAGGGUGCCGCUCUUGUCUUCUAA